ACCACCACACAACUUGUUGCAGCGCACGCCAUGCUGCACGCUCAGCUCAGAUCAGCCCGCCUCUUGAUGAUUACCUCCGGUAGAGCAGAGCAGAGUAUCUCCACCCCGAUGCCGGAGCUAUAAAUACGGGGCUAGCCUCAGUUCCCACCACUCUUCACCAUUUCUCCAGUCUUCUCGUGCAACCGAAACAACAUACAAGCAGCUCAGUCUUGUUUGCUGGAAGCUCAGUGGGAAGGGGAUCAAUGGCGGGGAAGCUCUACCAGCUCAUGGCCAGGCUGCACCUGGCCAAGGGACGGGCGUCGGCGGACGUGCCCAAGGGCCACUUCGCGGUCUACGUCGGCAAGCAGCGGAAGCGGUUCGUCAUCCCGACGGCGUACCUGAGGCACCCGUCCUUCCUCGUGCUGCUCAAGCGGGUGGAGGACGAGUUCGGCUUCGACCACCGCGCCGGCGGCGGCCUCACCAUCCCCUGCUCAGAGGGCUACUUCGCCGACAUCGUCGGCGGCUGCUCAUCCUCCUCCCCACCAGUGGACUACCACUAGAUAUAUAGCAGCUCAUCCGACCACACCGGCGCCGGCGCAUGCAUCGGCCGGUCCAGACAUCGUUAUGAUCACUGCUGCUUAGAUUACUACAUUAGGACGGAUACAUUGUGUUAUUAGCUGAGGAUUAAUUCUUCUUGGAACUUGGCAUUAGUACUCAUCAAUGUACUGUUGCAUUUGCUUGAACCCUGUAAUCACUCGUCACAUUAAGGGAUAUGAGAAAGUCUGCUGCUCUCAUCUCAUCA